UAAUAGAUUAUAACAAUUACAUUCUUCAAGCGCUUCAAAUUAAACAUAUCCUUCUCCAAUACAGAUAUUUCAAGAUGUUGAAGCAAUUAUCAGCUUCUAUUCUCGUCGCUGCUUUGCUUGCAGUUGUGCAGGUAGCAACAUUAGUGGCUGCAAUUGAUCCACCAGUCGCCGAAGUACCUGUUAUUGAGAUAUACAUGCACGACAUUCUUGGAGGCAACAGUCCUACAGCUAGGCCAAUCACGGGCUUAUUAGGAAACAUCUAUAGCGGUCAAGUACCAUUUGCUAGGCCAGUAGGCUUUCUGCCACCAAAGGGGGUAGCUAUUCCCAAUUCCAACGGUGCCAUUCCAACAGUCAAUGGCAAUGGCAUUCCACUUGGCACUGGCUUAUCAGGUACAAGGUUUGCUGGAAAUCCCAACAACAAUGGUGUCCAGACACAAUUGGGACCGGAUAACUUAGGACUAGGUUUUGGAACAAUCACAGUCAUUGAUGACAUAUUGACCACAGCACCUGAGUUGGGCUCACAGGCAGUAGGAAAAGCUCAAGGAGUCUACGUUGCAAGCUCUGCAGACGGGAGCACACAGAUGAUGGCUUUUACCGCGAUGCUGGAAGGGGGAGAGUAUGGCGAUAGCCUCAACUUCUUUGGAGUGUUCAGGAUAGGAAGUACCAUGUCCCGGCUGUCAGUAACAGGAGGUACUGGAAAGUUUAAACACGCGUGUGGGUUUGCAGAGGUUCGUUCACUCAUACCAGCUGGUCAGCAUGUCACAGAUGGGGUAGAGACAUUGUUGAGAAUUACCAUUCAUCUCAACUAUUGAUCAGUUUGCUUUGCAUCAUCAUCCAUAUGUCAUUUGUGUGUUUGUUUUUUACUCAUGUCAUGUUGAUUUGUAUUUGAUCUUUUUAAUAUGGCAAUGAAUGUGUGAAUUCUCAACAA